AGCGGGGCGGCGGGGCCGGUUCUGUCAGGCGCGGCCGGGUCAGCCCCGGGGACCUUCCGCGGCCCCGGCGCUCCAGCGGCGUGGGCCGGACUGUCGCGAUAGAGAGAGCGGCCGUGGGGCCAAGUGUUUGUCAGCCCGCGGGGCUGUCGAAACAGAGCAAGGGGUCCCGGGGCAGGCGGUGUGUCAGGGCCUGGGUAUCGCGAUAGGGGAGAGGUUCCCAGCUGCCACCCACGUGCGCGGCCUUUAGGCUGUCACAGUGGGGGACCGCAGCUCAGGACUGUCACGAUAAGAUCGGGGUUGUCGGGUCAGUCCUGGCAGCGCUGUUGUGACAGAAGUGGGUCCGCGAAGUCAUCGCAGGCAGGGCUGUCAGGACAGGAGCGGUCCCUGUGCCCGCAGGUGGCGGCGGUGCCCGGGGGUGGAUCCGGGGGUGGAUCCGGGGAUGGAUCCGGGGAUGGACCCGGCCAUGGAUCCGGGGAUGGAUCCGGCCGGAGCUCUCCCGGCGCUGCAGCGGGAGCUGCGGGCGGCGCUGGCGGAGGACGAGCGGCGGCAGCGGGAGGGCGAGGCCAAGCUGCGGGCGCUGCGCCAGGGCGUCCCCGACUACGGCCAGUUCAGGGAGAUUGUGCUGGCCUCACACUUGAAGCCUCUGGAGAAGAAGGACAGGCUGGGACAGAGGAGGAAUGUGCUGUGGAAUCCCUGUGCAGCCCCAGCCAAGGCAGCACCCACCCGCACUGUGGAGAUCCCACAGGAGCUGGAGCAGCUGCCCAGGACCGCUGCGGAAUUUCACAGAGAUUGGCGCAGAUGCUUCCAAAGUGGGACAGAGAAAUACCAGUUUUUGCUGGAGCUUGGAGGGGAGGCCUUGGGCAGGAUCUUCCAGGCUGAUGUGGGCUUUGGCCUCCUGGGGGAAUUCCUGACAGUUUUGGCAGAGCACAUCUGUCCUGGAGACAGAAGAGCCAUCCUGCAGGUCCUGCAGAGCCUGGCGGGCACCGGGCGCUUCGGGCUGAACGUGGCUCUCCUGAGCCAGGCAGAGAAGGAGAGCAGCCAGGAUUUGUUCAGGAAGCUGCAGAGCAGGGAUUGUCAGGCUGCUGGCCAGCCUGGCAGCCCAGCCAGCUGUGAGGCAGGCAGGGAAACCCAUGCCAUGGAGACCCACUUGGAAAAGGAAACUGAGGAGGAGAGGAUGGUGGUGGAGCUGAUGAAGUGUUACCAGGUCAGCUGAGGGAGCAGGAGCACCAGGAUGCAGCAGGAACAGGGCAAAAGAGGCUCAGAAAAAAGUCAAAGCUUGACUUUUCCAUCACCCAUGGCACAAAUAAAGUUUAGCUCCCAAGCUGUGGUGCUGUGAUCUCUGAGCAGGGUGUCCUCACAGGGUAUGGGAAAGUCUCUUGGAUAAGGAGAAAACCGAGGGAAGAAAACAUUGAGUGGUAGUUUUGAAGGAGAAACCCAAACAAAUGGCUGUCAUCCCAGCAGCUGGAGCCACAUACUCCCAUCUGCCCUGGAGAAACCACCAGGCACCUGGUGGAGGGUCCAGGUUCAUUCUCAGGCCUGGCAUGGGAAUAUUGGGCUUUGUGGUGCCACUUGAGGGGACAUAUGUGUCCCUGCACUCUGCUGUGGGGCCAUUCCUCCUGCCUUUGCACACCUGAGGAUGGCUGAGGGCUGGAGACUUCAACAAAAGAACAUCUUGGAGUUAUCCAAGAUCAGGAUGGAGGGUUUUGAUGCCAGAACAGCCCCAGCUCUGGUGGGAACAGCACGCUGCUUGAGUAGUGCCAAGGCUCAGGGUGAGGAUGUCAGGGCUGGAAGCAGCCUGCUGAAUCCCCACCUCUUGAGAAAGGCAAAAUCCCUGGGGUUUGGUGGGAAGACUCAGGAGAAAUGCAGUGAGCAGAGAUUGUGUGAAUGGUGACAGAGGAUGGGGCUGUGAAACCCACUGGGAGCCUUUCCAGGUCAGCCAGUUCAUGGUGUGACCUGAGCUGCAAAGAGUGGAGCUGAGGGGUCAGGUGGGGUCUGUGGGGAAUAAACAUGAACUUCAUCAUUAUCAUCAUCAUCACCAUGUUCAUCCUCACCCACCUGGGCAUCCAGACAGGGUCCACUGGGAGCAAACAUGGGCAUCAUCAUCAUCAUCCUUAGCCAUGGGUCACUGCUGGCAGGCACUCAAGAGCCCAUCCAGGCUGGAACAUCAUCCCCAUGGGCACUCAGACACCCUGGACCAUCCUCCCUUUGGAAAUUCCCCAUGUUUUGGCCAUUAACAGUCAAGCACUGCCAAGUCCCUGUUCCCCCUCCCCUCGGGCAGGAGUGGGACAGCAAGGACUGAUGUGGGAAACUCCCUGUUUUGGCACAGCUCAGUAGGGACAGGCAGGAUUUGAGGGUUUGCUCCAGGUGGGAUUUCACACUGCCAGGAUUUGUUCCUGGCUCUGACUGCUUGGCAGUGGGGGUUAAAGCUCAAUAAAGUCCUUUUCAAAAGAAUACUUGGAGCUGGUGCAAGAUGUUCUGGCCAAACUCUGUAGAGUUCUUGAUCUGCACCAAUGAUUUAUUACAGCUGUUUUUCUAAGAGGCUGCUAAAAAC